AUGUUAUUUGAACAGGAUAGGAUAGAAGCAAAGUUUACAGGCCUAGAUGGAGGUUGCAUGAAAGCAAGUCGGGCAUCGAAUGAUUCACAUUCGGGUGCAACAGACAAUCUCAUAGAGCCAAACCUUAAAGUUACCGCAGUGAACAAAGAAUUAAUGUUCAAACUGGACUCUACCGAGUCAUUGUGCAAGGGAUCCUGUACUGCUGAAUAUGAAUCGGUUUCUGCUUGCAACAAGGAAGUCCUGCUCAUUGAAAAAGCCUGUAGACACUUAAUCAACCGUCCCAAAGACAUGUCAAGUGGUUGA